AUCCACCUGCAAACCGAUCGCACAUCGAGUCCAACGGUUGUUCUCGUUUCCGAUAUGGAAUCGCUCCAACAGCAGCACCAGCACCAUUUAUCGGGAAGUGCGGUUGCCAGUAUACAAGUACCGGAGGUGCUAGUGCUCCUAUCACAACGAUCUCCACGACCAGCACCACCAGCUCCACCGCCGCAGUGCUACUUGCCGACCUGAGUUCAUCAACGCCGAGUUCAAUUCGCAUAAAAGGCGACGAAUUGUCGCGGUCUGCUUCAUCUCCUUUGAUGAGCAGCCGAUCGAAGGAAAUACCCGGCCUGGACAGCCAACGGUCUAGCCACUGUCCGGUGGUACGGGAGGGUCCCGCGCUGGGUUGCAAUUUCUGCUGGAACACAAGGAGGAUACUGCGACGGAAAACCAAGUACCACUGUCCCGAGUGCCAUACGAACUUGUGCAUUGCGCCCUGCUUCCAGGAGUAUCACGAACGCCAAUCGGCGGAGAACCCUGCCCCCACCAGCAACGACAGCGGAAGCGCCUGUGUGUAUGGUGUAGGUGGAUUGUACGCAAAAGUGGAUCUCCGAUUGAGCACCUUUACUUUCGCGGAAUUGUGUCAUUCUCUUUGUUUUUUUUUAUGGACAUUCAUUGAAGAAAUUUUGACCGAAAGUAUCAAGCCUUGCAAAAGGGCCAACCUAAACAGAAGUACCAACAGCAUGAUGAAGAUAACAGAAACUGCUCCACUGCCAAAGCUACAGUCGAUCAAUUCAGCCGCGAUGGGAUCAGUUUAAAACUACCCCAAUAGCACCCAAGUCUCAGAGACUGUCAGAAACUAUCGGGACUAGAGCUCCUAAACUGAUGUGUUGGUGUUGCUGAUCUCCGUUCCAACUAGUUGAGGUUAGAGGUUUGAGGAUAUGCGCGAUUCGUGCGAAAACACCGAUUGUUCCAUUUUUGUGAACACAGGCUCUUCCUGGGAACGAAAACGAUCAUAUGUUGUCAGCGAAUGAAGUAACAGCUUAACUGCUGCGACUUAUGUUCCAACCAAUUAUUACUUCUCACCGGAAACGUUCCUCCCUAUAUCCUCAAUUUCACAAAACACCGUUGUUAAUUGUACUGACAUUAUGUUAGACACCAGAAGUAAUAGAACGCUGUUGAAAAAGCUAAAAUUAAUCAACAGCAGCAUCCGGAAAGAGUUGAUGGAAGUUCCUCGUACAGCAGUACUCAGUAAACAUAAUAUAUCUGGUCGCGUUCGGGGAGCAAUCUUUCUACAAGCUGGAGUGCAUGGUCGUAUGUAAGUUCUUCGAAACAAGAAUACUCUAUAGUAGCGAAAGGCAUCACAUCAAACACUUCAACAUCCAAUUCGAGCGAUUCCAAACAGCACAAUAGCGAUACCAUUAGGAUUUACGACAAUACUGACCUGGAGCGGAGAUCAAUCAGUCUUGGCUUCUCUAUAGGACAAUCCUUAAAUCAUCUCGAUGUCGACGAUUCACACCACCAAAACGAUUCCGGCUGUACAGGCCUAUAUCGAUGGACGGUUGCUAAUUCAAGAAAAUGUUGCUGCCGUGAAUGAUUCCGACGAUAUUGUUGGUGGCGAUUCAUCCACGUAAAAAAAAUUAAUGUUAUUUAUUAUUAAUAUUUCUAAUACUUUUUAGCCAAAGCAGGUGCUUAAUGAUAUGUAUAAGAAAAAACUUAUACAUCGCAUUAGCCGCAUACAUUCCGAAACUUAUACUUUUCUUUAGCUUAUGAAUUUUAUUAGCUUUUUGAUAUUGAAUUAUUCAUUAGGUGGCAUAAUGAAGAUUAUAAGUAUUUUCGAAUGGUUUUUUGCCAUAACAUAUAAGGUUAUUUUUUUACGUGUCGGUAUCCAGUUCUCGACAACAAGUCGCACAGAAAACCCCCUAAUUAGCUUGAAUACGUCGAUUCACAUCACUAAAGUGAUCUUGGGUGAAGCGAUGUUGUGGUAUAUGUCCAUGGACGAACAAUAUCGUGACGUGAUCGAUAUGGAUACAUUAUGUAGGUCAUAUAGUACGGCACAAACUGAAUAAAAUUAGAACUAGCAAACAAAAACUUAAUUGAAAAAGAAACAAUGGCAUAUAAUAAGUACGUGUAAACUUCUGUUUCUCCAGCUGAACAUACAUUGUUACAUCUACUUACUUUUUGCCAUUUGUGUUCUUUAUUAUAUAUUUUUUUAAAUUAUUCAAUAAUACAUAUAACUAUUGCAGGAAACACAGGAAAAGGUUUUUUUUACCAUAUUGCACUAUUAAUAACCAGUUUCGUUUAAGAUUAUUGUAUUUAGCUAAAUUUUAUGGUUCAAUGAUCAAACUAGCGUACAAUA